AUGUGGUGGACCGUCGCUGCCGCCGCCGUUGCGUGGGGGUGUUUACUUGCCUGAUGUCAUUUGGUAGAAGUGGAGGCUGAGCAACAAUACAGUUACCCUUCUACAGUGAGUGUCCCGACGUUGCAAUAGUUGCUGUGAAAGCAGUGCUUCGUGGAGGAGAAGCUCGCUGGCUAACGGACUCCAAGUACCAGAUGCUAUUCCAGCGGAGGAGAAAGAAGCCGCAGAGGGAUGAUGGCUUCUCCUUUUCCUGACGGGUAAAAACAAGAAUUUUCCGAAGAACAGGGACUCGCACUGCUUCUACCUGCUCUUGCUUUUGGUUGUUUGUGAAAUGCGGUGUCGGCCGUCGAGCAGUUUCUGGGCCGUAGCUCGGCGCACCGAGCCCCAAUCGGGGAGUUAGCUUAGCUAGCCCCUCGCUAGCCGCGGCUGCGCCCGAUGCUGCUGCUGCUGCUGCUGCUGCUGCUCAAACGAUCUGAAAGGCGACCGAAGCGGGCUGGAAUCUUGGGCCCUGGCGCAGAGUGCUGACCUGUUCCUUCACCUUCCGAGAGGAUAACGGCCGUUAGAGAUGUGAUGCUUUUGCGCGCUGUCUUUAAGCCUUUUGUUGCCGAAGGCUCUGAGCCACAACUAGAGCAAAGAUUGCUGCAGAAGCUCCGCAGCACCGAGCUCCUUGUGAAGGGGGCGAGGUUCCACUGAUAGCAGCCCACGCUGUGCUUCUCUGCACGCUUUGGACAGCCAUCGUUUUCCUCACGCCGUUCAUCAUUUCAUCUGCUGGCGAUAUGGAUAAACUAACAAUAAUUUCAGGGUGCCUGUUUCUGGCAGCAGAUAUCUUUGCGAUAGCCAGCAUUGCAAACCCAGACUGGAUCAACACUGGUGAAUCAGCAGGCGCCCUCACAGUUGGUCUAGUCCGUCAGUGUCAGACCAUCCACGGGCGAGACCGGACCUGUAUUCCGCCCCGGCUGCCUCCAGAGUGGGUCACCACACUUUUCUUCAUCAUCAUGGGCAUCAUCUCCCUCACAGUCACCUGUGGACUACUGGUGGCAUCACACUGGCGCCGCGAAGCCACCAAAUAUGCUCGCUGGAUCGCCUUUACAGGCAUGAUCCUGUUCUGCAUGGCGGCGCUCAUCUUCCCCAUAGGCUUCUACAUCAACGAGGUGGGCGGUCAGCCGUACAAGCUGCCUAACAACACGGUGGUCGGCUCCUCAUACGUGCUCUUUGUCCUGUCCAUCUUCUUCACCAUCGUGGGACUGCUGUUCGCAGGCAAAGUUUGCCUCCCGGGCUGAAGGAUCAACCAUGGCUGUCUCUGGACUAACGCGCCAGGCUCUGAAAAUGUUACCGAAAAUAUGAAAUGCACUGAAAACCAAAACCAAAAAACUCUGGCCGGGAGGCUGAACCGGAGAAGACUAUAUGUCUGUCUGCCAUAAGGGACCGCAGCACCAUGGGGUACCUAACUACUUGCAGAUGAGAAGGAGAAAACGAACACUAACGAGGGGGUACAGGCACAAAGGUGUGGAGGAGUGUGACGUGGUGACAUCCUGACAUUGUCCAUUUAAAACGCGGCCUUGCUGUUCUUGUUGUAAAGAGUGCGUAGUGUGCUGCUGUCAUGGUAACCGCAGCCACAGUGCUGGUGCAUAUUUCUUGUGGACCACUGCAGCUGCUCAUCGACUUGACUCCCGGCCACCGUCAGCACAAAUCCACACAUCCCUUAGUGAGAAACGGUGGCGUCACAACAGCUCGAGUUGCUAUUUUAGGCUUCUCUGUUUCAGUUGUUUUUCUGUUGUACAUUUUGUGCUGUUCCACCUCCAUCCCUCCCUCCUCUUUUCCACACAUGUACUAUCAAAUGUGGUUCACUGGAGGCCUUGAAGGGAAUGGUUUUGUUUUUUACUUUUGGCGUCAGAACAGGGUUUAAUCUCAACUGUCACGUCGCAUGGCCCCUGCAGUGUGGUUGAAAUGAGACGCACGGUGCAGGUGUACUGCCGUAGACCAGUUUAGCAUGACCUCAUUUCCAUAGCGACGCUGGCUUCUGGUUCCAUUCAUAUUU